UUUUCAGGCCCGCCGCGUCUAGCAAAAAAUAUGAGAAAAAAAUUAUUAAAAAUUCGGAAAAUAGUUGAAAGUCAAGAAAAACUCAACAGAAAGGAUGUUAAAGCAUCCGGGGCCCUUGAGUCCGGCCGGUGUUGAGCUCCAUAAACUGGAUCCAGUCGUCUCCUCAGAACUCGUCGGGCUCCGCCCCCCCGUCCAUGUAGCCGGUCUUCCUUAGGCUGUCAUGGCCACGGGAACCCAGGGCCACCGAGACCACGUCCCGGACAAAGCCAAGCUCGCGCCGCCGGCAGGGAGGCGCAGGAGAGCGGAGGGGAAGCCCAAGAAGAACUUCCCGUGCCAGGAGUGCCAGAAAGCCUUCAACAGCCUGGAGAAGCUGAAGGUGCACUCGUACUCGCACACCGGAGAGAGACCGUACCGCUGCUCCCACCAGGACUGCACCAAGGCCUUCGUCUCCAAGUACAAGCUACUACGGCAUAUGGCUACUCACUCGCCAGAAAAAAACCACAAGUGUUCAUACUGUGAGAAAAUGUUCCAUCGUAAGGAUCACCUGAAGAACCACCUGCACACCCACGACCCGUACAAGGAGGCCUUCGCCUGUCAGGAGUGCGGGAAGAGCUACAACACCAAGCUGGGCUUCAAACGCCACCUGGCGCUCCACGCCGCCAACAGCGGGGACCUGACGUGCCAGGUGUGUCUGCAGCCGUUUCCCAGCACCGGCGUCCUCCUGGAACACCUCAAAACGCACGCCGGCAAGUCCUCCGGAGGGACCAAAGAGAAGAAGCACCGCUGCGAGCACUGCGAGCGCCGCUUCUACACCCGCAAAGACGUGCGGCGCCACAUGGUGGUGCACACCGGACGCAAGGACUUCCUCUGUCAGUACUGUGCCCAGCGCUUCGGACGAAAGGACCACCUGACGCGUCACAUGAAGAAGAGCCACGCCCGCGAGCUGCUGAGGGUCAAGAGCGAGCCCGCCGACUCGCUGGAACCCGCCGUCUACGACCUGGCGUCAGGGAGCGUCAAGGGAGAACUCCCCGGGAUGCUGACGCCGCGACCGCACCAGCUGAGCGCGUACCCGGGCCCGGUCCUGGACUCGGAGCCCUUCCCCGUGCCCGCCCACGCCUUCGCUCUGAAGUACCCGCUGGGCUCCGCCUUUACCUCAUACUCCGCCUCCUCGCAGGAGCGGGAGCAGAACCUAAAGGGAGAACUGGAGACGUACCUGAUGGAGCUGCAGAGCGCCAUGCCUUCCUCGUCGUCUGCAGCCGAAGAACCCCAGCUGUCCGCCUCCAAACUGGAGCUGGAGCCUCCGGUGGGCGUGUUGGACGACCCCACCCAGGACGUGGCUCUGUCCAAAAUGUCCACAUCGGUGGCGGGCGGCGCCGUGGCGGGCGACUCGCUGGCGUCCUCCUCGUCUCUGAUGGACUUUUCACAGCUUUUCAACUUCCUGCCGUUGAACGGGCCUCCGUACAACCAGGCGGGGGGGGGCGGAGGGGGGCCGGCGGUGGGCUACCCGCCCGCUGAAGAGGCCACGCCCAUUGUGCAGCUCCCCCCCCAGAACCCCCAAGGCCCCGAUUCUGCAGAGAGUUCACUUCAAGGGCUCAGCACCUCCUUCAUAUCCAACCUAAGCUCCCCCACCACCCUGCCCCGGUUCCACCAGGCCUUUCAGUGAUCACAACCAGAAC